GCUGACGGCUGGCAGGAGGAACGUAGGAGCCUCCGGACGUGGGUGGGCCCGGAGGAUCCCUUGGGCUGUCGCUUCCGGAAGUCCACCCCGGAACCUGGACUCCUCCCCCUUGGCUGUGCUGGGCCCUGGGCGCCUCCUGGCGGGACCAGUACCCUGCUCUGCGGGCCCAAGAGCGACGGAACUGGCAGACCGCUCUGGUCCUCUGCUGUGCCACGGAGCGUUAUGUUUCUGCUCUGGGUUUCCUUUUCUUCAGUCAAAAUAAGAGCAGAGCCCAGGCCCAUGUUCUCACUGCCCCAAGCUCCCAGGCAUGUCAGAAGUAGAAAAAGCCAGAAAGCCCCGCAAGAAGCAGACGUCAGGAUCCGUGGGACAAGAGCCCCCUGAUGUGUGCUGACUCCUCCAGGACUAGACCCGUGACCCCACCCGCCAUUCUGGCUCUUCCCGGCUCCAAGUUCAAUGCCAGAGCUACUAACGCCUCUUGUGGACUCGGCCAGGGUGCCAGGCAGCACCUCCAGAGACUGAGGUCAAGCUUGAGUUUGCAGACGUAGAGGAGAAGGCCAGCAGUGGCCCCCGGAAGAACAGAAGCUCCAGUGCCCAGAAGAUGGUUGGGAGGGACCCUUCCCAGCAGAGGAAGAGAACCCGCCCCCUGCCCAGCAGCCUGUGGGUCCCCGCGCCUGACCAGGCUUUCCGGGAGGGGCAGGAGGGAGGUCUCCUGGGCCUCGGUGUCCUCAGUGAGGACACGGGCCCACUGCCUGGGGAGGCCUGGGCCUGGCUCGGCUGCCCCCUCUGCAGAUUGUCAUGCCCACCCUGAAGGAGAGACUCCGGGCCCCAUGGCCUCCUGUCCAGGAGUGCCCUGUGCAGCGGGGGGAGAAGGUGUGCAGGUGUAAGGCCCCAGACGGUAUGAGGCGGAGGACCCAAUGCUCAGCCCUGGCCAGGCCGGACAGGCUGGAGGCAGGCCAGCCCAGCGAGGGUGAGGAGGCGAGGUCGGCCGGCAUCCUUAUACCCCAUCUGGCCAGAGAGGCACGUCACCUCAAGAAGCGGAAGAAGAGACACUUGCUUCCUGGUGGGGGGGAGUGGCCGCAUGGCCCCGAAACUGCUGUGCCUGCAGAAGCUGGGGAGAACCAUGCAGGCUGAGGCCAAGGGCUGGGCACCCAGGCUGUUCCCGGGUUAGUGGCCCUCGCCCGACGUGAGGUGCUUCUUUACUGUCAACUUGCAGGAAUGUCCGCUGGGUCACCCACACCCCAUGCCAGUUGAGCGUCAGGCCUGGCGAAGUGAAGGGUCAGCCCCAAUGCUCACAUCUGCCCCAUCACUUGGCAGGGAAGCACAGGGCUGGAGGCGGGAGGCCCCGGGGGACAGUGGGGAGGGCCGCCCGAGAAGCAGCAGAAGGGCCUGGCCUUGGUGGGCCAGCCGCCACAUCCCUGUGGGCUGCCGUCACCACGCCAGCACCUGAUGCCUCGCCUCUGGAAGAUAGAGAUGGAUAGAUGAUUCCGCGUGGGCCUCCCCAACCUGCUCCCCUCCCCCAGAGAUGACCCUGCUGCUCCCCUGACGGUGGUCGGGCAGGACCCAGGUGGCAUGUAUGCCCCCCAAGCAGCCCCAGGCCUGGGCCUGGAACCAGAGCACCGCGGAGCUCCUCUGUAGCCCAGCCCUGGAGCUCUCCUUUGGUCUCCACCCUUUCAGGAGGUUCGUGGCGCCGGGGGACCCUUGCUACCGCCUCCGGCCUUCCUCUCCCACAAAGCAGAGCCCCUGCUCCACGAGGCAAUGGCAGAGCAGGGACCUGCUGGCCCUCGAGUGAGGGUGUAGGAGACGCGUCCAACCCUGGCCCAGGCCGAGUGGAGGGGGCGACCCGUGUGGUGAGCAGCCCGCUGACCACCAGCGGCAUCUACAUCGCAGCUGCCUGACCCCCGGCCCCCCAGACCCACUUGGUCUCAUGGAGCCUCGGGGCGAGAAGUCGGGAGAGGCUGACGGGGUGCACGUGACGCCCCAGCUGCUCAAGGCGCGCUCGGGCGAGUUCGCCUUGGAGUCCAUCUUGCUGCUCAAGCUGCGGGGCCUGGGACUGGUGGGCCUGGGCUGCCUGGGGGACUGCCUGGGCCUCGAGUGGCUGGACCUGUCUGGCAACGCGCUCACCCAGCUGGGACCGCUGGCCUCCCUGCGGCAGCUGGCCGUGCUCAACGUGGCUGACAACCGGCUGACGAGCCUGGAGCCCCUGGCCGCUUGCGAGAACCUGCAGCGUCUUAAUGCCGCGGGCAACCUGCUGGCUGGGCCCGCGCAGCUGCAGUGCCUGGCGGGGCUACGGGGUCUGGAGCGCCUUCGGCUCCGAGACCCCUUGGCACGGCUCAGCAACCCGCUGUGCACCAGCCCCUGCUACUGGGCCUCAGUGCGCGAGCUGCUGCCUGGCCUGAAAGUCCUCGAUGGCGAGCGCGUGAGCGGGCGCGGCAGCGACUUCUACCAGCUGUGCCGGGACCUCGACAGCUCCUUGAGCCCUGACCCUGGCGCCCCUGGCCCCCGGCCUGCGGAGGCCCAGCCCUGGGUGGAGCCUGGCUACUGGGAGGCCUGGCCCCCGCGCAGCAGCUCCAUCCUGGAGGAGGCCUGCCGCCAGUUCCAGGACACACUGCAGGAGUGCCACGACCUGGACCGCCAGGCCCGGGACAGCCUGGCCCAGGCCGCGCGAGCGCUCAGCCCCGCGGGCGCCGCUGCCACCUCCUUCGUCUUCUGAAGGCGCCCUGGGGCCCUCGGUGGCUUCCCUGCUUGUCUGGACGGUUUUGUCCCACUGCUUGUUGCCCUUCAAGGAAAACUCCCCACGCAUCCGUCAGAGUUGUACCUCCCUUGGGCCCUCCCCAAGCAGCCGGCUCAGCCUGAUGCUGUCCUGCCACCACCUAGCAAAGCGCCUGGGAGGAGGUCCCUGGCCCCUUCCGCGGCUACAGCUGCUGCCUGUCCUGGCUCCAUGAGCCUGAGACUUGGAGGAAGAAAGCGGCUUGGUCCUAAGGCUGCAGCUGGGUGAGGCAGGAAAGGCCAGCCUCCUGCCCUGCCCGCUCUGGGAGAGGCUGUGGCUGAGCUCACCAGCGGCAGCUGGCCAUGGAAGCUGCAUUUACCCACCUCCCUGGUUCUGCUGUGUCCGUCACUCCUGGGUCUCUCUGGAACCUCCACUGUCCCCAUUCCCACCCAUGCUCAUCCCUAUUAAAUUGUUUUAAUUAGUAUCAGUA